UGUAUUGUGCGUAUAGUUUUCUAAUAAUUUGUAUGUUAAAUGAAAUAAUGGAAAUUAAAUAUAUUUAAAAUAAUAUAAACAUGUUUAAUAUCCAAUAAUUAACUAAGCUUCCUUAAAAACGUUCCAAGUGGUUUUUAAUUCAACUCAAACACAAUUGUGCAACUAAAUCUUCCAGGAAGGCUAUGCAGCCACUUAUACCUAUAACCACUAUAUGCAACAGAAAAAUAGAAGAGAACUUCUCUGAAAAUGUUUACCAACAUUUUGCGGCCAUAUGCAGUGUUAAUCAUUUGCAUAUGUGCGACAUCCGCAUCGACGGUGGAAACUGAAACUAAUGUAAAUAGUCAUGUUCCUUUACUAUUAAGCAUGUAUAAUCUUAGCCUAAGUACGACAAAAUCGCCAACAAUCAAUGUGAGAUUUACAGCAACGCCUGUUAUAAACGUGUCUAAGGAAAGUCCAGCCGUGAACUCCUUUCCUAACACGAAAGCUCAAAAAGUGCCUUUAAAACGAAACGUUACUGAGAAUUUAUAUCCCCAAAUCGCCACAAGCAUUUUCCUUGCCAAUUACAACAGUCAACAGAAUGUCAUGCAGCUCAUUCGAAAUAUAGAUGACCGCCUGCGUAGUCUGCGGAAUGUGGAGAUGCGUGUGCCUACAAUACAAGAAAUUUUUGAUUCAAUGCAAUUUACCAGUGCUUCCAAUGUACAUGCAUACCGAAAUAUCAGUGAGACGGAUCAGCAACAAAUUCUAGAUCCUCCCGACCAAGAUCUGCAAGUUUUUGCUAAACGUUUGUUUAAAAAGUUGGAUAAAGCCUCGCAUGUUGUGUAUGAGCUGCGGGAUUUCUUUCGUAAAAACAUCACUAAAAUAUUGGAUCUACAACAACAUAUGCUUACUGAGUACAGUGAAGAUGAAGAUAUCGAUUCAGGAUUUGACAUAGAAAUAGACGAUUUUGAUAGUUUUAAAUCAAAUGAAGAGAAACAGAAUAGCAUUAAUUUGUAUCUUAACACCUAUAUACAAUCGUGCGAGAGUGGAGCAUUAGCAACAGAGCAAAAUUAUAAUAAACAGCAAAUUCAAAUCGUCAACUAUCUAAAGACUGAAGAGAGCAGGUCGCAUUCUGUGGAUCACUUUUUAAAUGAAAACAAUGAACUUUCUUUGGAGGCAAAUGCUUUUAUUAUAGAAAAGUUAGAAAGUUUAAAAAGUACGUUAACUAAAACUGAAGCAAAUCAGAAAGCGACGUCUAUCAAUUCUAAAAUAAAAUUGGUCGGAAAUCAUUUCAAACAUAUCUACUUUUUAUCUCGUAGUGAUCAUGCUAGUGAUAAAAGUGAACGUUACUUUUACGACUUACAUUUUAGAUAUCUAUAUUUGUCCGCCAUUAGACGUAAAUAUGCUUUUAUUUUAAUUGAUAUUGGCUCUGUGAUGAACGUAGAAUUAAUGGAAUUGACGAAGAAUUUUGUAAAUAAUGUUUUACAACAACUAUCCGACAAGGAUUUAAUAUCCAUUGUUACUGUAGCUGAAGAAGCACAUUGUAUGUUUUUGGAGGCCAAUAACAGCGAUGAUAAUGCAAAUAUUGGUGUUUAUGUUGCGACUCGAGAACGGAAAGAUGAAAUAAUGAACUACAUAAAUAAUUUGAUAGUUUCCAAAAGUUUAACCAAUCAUUCAUUAGGAUUUGAGCGCGUAUUUCAAAUAUUACAUAGUCUGGAGAACGCAACUCUAAUUAGUACACACAAUCCCAUAACAUUUGUAUAUAUAACCCGUGGUUUAUUGGCCAAUCUAUCAGAUGCAAUGCAAGUAAUGAAUGUCAUUGCCACAGGACAACAGAGUUUACAAAAACCUGUCGCUAUACACACUUGUGCUGUUGUGAUGGAUGAGAAACGUAUUAUGUACGAAAAACAAUUUUUAACCGACAUAUCAACACAAAAUUAUACGAAAUUUGAUAUAAAAUAUGUUGAUUGGCUCAAAAUACGUCAAGAAAAUAAUUUGAUUGGAAAAAUUUGCAUUUUAACUAAAAUGCAUCCCGAUAAGCUCAUGCAAGCAAGCACGGCUAUUUUCGAAAACACAUUUGAUCAAAAAUAUUUAUCGGAAAAUUUGGAAGUACACCCGCCUUUCGUAGAUCCCUACAGUAGAGAUGUUAUUGUUUCCGUGACUCAUGCAGUGCCUCCUUUUGGUUUAGUAGGUGUGAAUUUAUAUGUCGCGGAUCUGAUAGAAGAUAUUAUAAAUUAUGGACAGCAAGUGCAAAAUAUCAAUAGAAAUGAGUUCAGCUAUGCAUUUAUGGUCGAUCGGGAUGGCAUGACCAUUGCACAUCCAGCUUUUCCAAGGCCAUUUACACAAACUCAAACCCCAUUUCCAGUAGACAUUGCAUAUUUAGAAAAUUCAACAAAUUUUGUAAAUAUUCGCCGCCGUAUACUUCAGGAAAAAUCUGGCAAUGUUAAAACAACUGUCUUCGUAAACAGUAAUCGUAGGAAAGAACUUCUAAACCGAUCAUAUUACUGGCGCUCGGUUCUAGGCAUAUAUGUGCUUUGUCUAGUAUCUACUACAAACCCCGAAAGCGAAAUAAAACUUAUUACACCAAAUGAGAUAAUAAACUCCAAAAUGGGUAUGCAAAUAGCCGCUACAGUUGCACUGAAUAUACCAAGGUAUGGUGGGAAGGAUACUUUAGUUUCUCAGUUUCACCCGCCAAAGGAAUUCGAGCAUAUGCCAAUUGUUGAUUUGUUAUAUCAUCGUUUGGACUUAAUACCACCACCAAAUGGACAUGUUUGCCGCUAUUUUCGUCAAGUGGCAACAUUAGAUUCCGCCACCAUCUUCCUCAGCGCAUCGGCAUUUGAGUCACCUUUUAAUUUCUUGCACAACAAUCGCAUGAGUUCGACAGAAACUCAAGUUCGAACGGCGGAGAGCAUAAUGGCAUAUAUUAAGGAUACUACAGGUUUGCUAGCUAAUCCUGGCUUACGACCACAAAUACGUCAUGAAAUAAAUGCUUUGUACAAUGCGAUGAAACACUUGAAGAAGCGUCAUCAGGAUGCACGCGGCAAUAUGAAAAAUAAUAUUAUACGUCGGUACAUCGCUACAGUUAGUGGUGUCCUACAAGUCUAUCCUGGUUGUUUGUUAAGCAACAACUACGAUCCUACGCGACGUCCCUGGUUUCGCAAAGCAAUGCAACUUCCGGGUAAAAUAGUUACAACGGAACCUUAUUUAGAUGCAGGCGGUGCUGGUUACAUUGUUACUGUGGCUCACACCAUUUUCGAGCGAAAAUCCAAUGCAUUACACCAGUUAGAAGGACAGCAGCCGGUUGCUAUUGUUGCCAUAGACUUGCCAUAUACUUAUUAUUAUAAAAUGAUUUUGGAUUCUACGCCUUUAUGUCAAUUAAAUAACAUGAAAUGUUUACUUUUCGAAAACGAAGGCUUCUUAAUUGCACAUCCGAGUAUGCUAGAAGCAAGUACUCAGCAGAAAAAUCCACGACGACCACAUGAACAUCUCACCCACAAAGAAUCGUACUUAGCUAAUGAUAUACUUAACCACAAAGUCCUAGUACGGAAGGUGGCUUGUGCAAAUUAUCAGAAUCGAACGCUGCAACGCUAUUAUGUCUUCAAUACAUCACUAACGGACAUAUUGACAAAUGUGGUGCAUGGGGAGCGCACUAAAUACGCAAUUACGUUGGUGGCUGGUAGUAAUAUUUUUGCCGCUGUAUUGAAUUCCACAUGCGAUGGUGGUGCUUUUUGCCCCUGUAGCACAAUUGAUCGCACCUGUUUAAACUGUAAUCGUAUGGAUCAAAUGGAUUGCGAGUGUCCGUGCGAAUGUCCAAUGGACACAAAUGGUUUCACCGAGCUCACGUCGGACUCGGAUGAACCGUACAGCAACUAUACACAACAAUACCCAUAUUGUAAACCGCCUAGUGAACACUUUAUAGCGUUGCCACAAAUCAAUGAAAACAACCUGCUGCAUUCCUGUGUUAAUAUGAAUUGUGAUUUGUUUGUCACACAACAGGAGUGCUUAGCAGUGAUGGGUUGUGAAUGGUGUCAGCAAGACUUAGAUGGCAAUGGUUUUGCUGCUUCAUUUUGCACUGCGCAAACAACAUGCUUUAAUGGUGUUUUGUCAUCUCUUACGCCUUAUGGGGACUUGGACGAACUUGAAAUUAUCGCUGCACAUGGUUACAAUCCUGAUUCUAAUCAAAGUUCUUAUUCUGCACUGGGUCCAAUUGGAGGCGCAGUGGUUGUGUUAUGUAUAGUGAUAGGUUUGGCUAUUUAUUGUUAUCGACACAGUGUGGAUACCGGUUCGCAGGAUCAGUUUUAUAUAGAUUCUUUACAAGAAGAAAACUAUGGCUUGCCAUUGUCUCGUUUUAAUUUUGAUGACUGUCAGGCACAUGAUGAACCACCAGAUAUUUAUGAUCACACUUCAGCACAACGGAACCUAAUAAAUCCAGCAAAUAUAUCACCUUAUCAUGUGUCCACAGGUAGCAGUUAUCGUCGUCCACCUAAUGGAGAAUCAGAUCAUGGUUAUUCCACCAUGACACCACAUGAAGACUCUUCCGACCAUCAGUGCUUCACACUUGCCGAACCUCUACUUUUAAAUGAUAAUCGGCAUAGUAAAUCCGAUACAAUGUCAAUAUCUACAUCAAUUUCAAGUCCAACAAAUCGCCAUAACCAACAACAUAAUUACAACAGUUCAUACCAUAACCAACCAACCACAAGUAAAGAUGCACGCUAUAAUCUUACAUCACCUAAAAAGUACUAUACCAACGUGCACUCUCCGGCACGUGUUUAUGAACAAACUGUCUUACCAAUACAUGACAACAAAAACGCGCCAAAUGGCUCACAUUACAUACUAGCACCCGUCACAGUGCAUCGUCAUAUGGAAACUGCCGAUUCAUAGCCGUUUUACAUAUUGCCAACUCUAAAGCAGAAGAAAUGUGUUAACAACUUUAGUAGUUUAAAUAUAAAUUUUGGAAAGUCUUGUUUUUGCCAAUUAGCUUUAAGUUUUAUCUGUGAACAGUCUGACUGUCACGACAUUAUCGCAUUAGCUAGUUACAUAUAUUUGUAUUUGUCGUUAAGUUGUACACAUAACUGAAAUGGCAUUUAGUUUAAGUAUUAUCCAAAGCGAAUUAUCGCGAUUUACUGUUUACUGAUUUGUUACAAUAGUUAUACGGUAAUUAUUGACUUAAUUGACUUAAUUAUGUUAACUAUUUCUUGUAAAGAAAGGAAAUUAUGCCAGCCAAGUUUUAGACAAUUUUAUUGACCGUUUAUUAGAGUUUUUUAUAUUCGUGUUUAUUAUGUAAACAAACUGAAGUAUUAUUUUGCAUGUCAACAAUGUAUGUAAUUGUAAACUGUUUUUAAAUUUUAUUUUAUACAUAUGUUGUGUUAUA